UCUAGCAGGACCUGGAGCCUUGCCUGGAGCUGGAUCCUCACAGGGUUUUCCUCCAGAGGCUCCAUUUCCUCCGGGCAGGAUUUCUGCUCAGCGAAAGCCCCGACCAGGGAAGGGGAGGGACUCCUGGCCUGGAGGCAGCGCGGAGCAGGAAGGCUCCGUCCACAAAGCCCCAGCGCCCACGUCCUGCCUUGGUUGUCCUCACCGGAGCCGGAUGAAGGACCAGACUUGGGGGCAGCAGGUCCCAGCGGGGGGAUUUUGUUUCUGGAGCAAAUGAAGAGACGAUUCCUCUUUGCAAUCUACUGUUUCAGGGAAGGUUUUCCAGCAUGCAGCAGCAAGACGGGGAAAGGAAAGAGGAAAAGCUGGAGUCAGAGCCACCGGCAGCGACGAGAGACGCAAGCCAAGGCACAAGUGGAGGGUGGGCAUGGGUAGCGGUGCUCCACUUCUUCCUGGUGAACGUGCUUGUGAUGGGAAUGCUCAAGACCUUUGGCAUUUUCUUCGUGGCUUUUCAAGAGGAGGUGGGGGGCUCCUCGGAGCAAGUCAGCUGGAUCGGCUCCAUCAUGUCCUCGCUGCGCUUCCUGGGAGCCCCGCUGGUGGCCGUGGUCUGCAGGAGGCUGGGCGAGCGGCCGACCUCCAUCAUCGGGGCCGGCUUGGUCAGCGGCGGCUGCCUGCUCAGCACGCAGGCCACCAGCGUCCCCUUCCUCUGCGUCUCCAUGGGACUCCUCCUGGGCAUGGGGUUCUGCUGCCUGUACCAGGCAGCGGCGGUGACGACGGCCAAGCACUGCAGGAAGCGGCUGGCUUUCUCCAACGCCAUCGCCCGCUCGGGAAUGGGUCUGACGUUCCUGACAGCGCCCUUCACACAGCUUCUCAUCAAUUCCUACGGCUGGCAAGGUACUCUCCUGAUUUUUGGAGGCAUCAUGCUAAACCUCGUGCCUUCCAGCAUGCUGCUGCGUCCCAUCAGCACCCGUCUGCCUCAACGCUCCUCUGCUAAAAACCAUGACAGUGAGUCCUCAGUGCCAAAAAAAGAUUCAGAAACCCUUGCUAGACACCUGGAUGAAGCCCCCGGCAGGGGAGCGCAGCUUGGCCACACAUGGGACCUGCCCACCACAGAGCAGCCCGUGGCACACUGCAGCGGAGACAUCUCUGAGCCGGCAAUUGCGGAGGCGUUGGAAGGGCUGGAGAAAGCCCCCGCAGACCACAGCUCACCAGAAACAGCCAGCGAGGGCAUGAGUAGCUGUAAGCCCCUCCCAGCAACCAAAGAAGAAAAUCCCCAGCCUCUCCUCGACUUUUCCCCUUUGAAGGAUCCCCUCUUCUGCAUUUUUACAUGGUCUUUUUUGUUCAGCCACUUGGCCUACUUCGUGCCCACCUUUCACCUGGUAGCAAGAGCCAGGACGCUGGGCAUAAGCAGCAUGGAUGCUUCCUACCUCAUUUCAGUGGCUGGCAUCACAGAGACAGUCAGCCAACUCCUCUCGGGGUGGAUCGCGGACCAGAACUGGACCAAGAAGUACCACUACCACGCGGCUUACCUGGUGCUCUGCGGCAUCACCAACCUGCUCUGCCCGCUGGCCACCACGUUCCCGCUGCUCGUGGCCUACGCUGUGGCCUUUGCCAUUUUCUGCGGUGGAUUCCUGGCUCUGGUGCUCCCUGUGCUGGUGGAUCUAGUUGGUGUGCCAAAACUCCACAGCUACUUGGGAUUUGCUUCCUUCUUUGCUGGGAUAGCAGCUGUUGGUGGACCUCCUCUAGCAGGGUGGCUGUAUGACUACACGCAGACCUACGCCUGCUCUUUCCUCUUUGCUGGAGCCUGUGCUCUCAUCUCUCCCGUGUCCUUCUUCUUUGAGCCGCUGGCCCAGAAGUGGAAGCUAAAGGAAGCCAACCCGAGCAACGUCCCCACGCUGGGCUGAAGCUUUAAAGCAGCGGAAGCUUUGAAGAACCAGCCUCAUUGCACCCGCAACUGGACACGACGGCCAGCACAGACCUUCUGCACCCGAAGCUACCAGCGGCAGCAAAGUCAAACCAGGGACUUUCAUGUGUCAGAUUCACCACUGCAUUUCUGGAUGUUUCUGGUGUGAUUAAAGCCACCUGAGAACCA